AUGGACGUCGACCAGAUCGUGCCCCCGCCGCCACUCGUCGCUCCCGCACCUCACACGGCUGUAGCUCCUUCAAUCAUGGCGGGUUCUACUGUUGUGGCGCCACCCUCACGCUCCCCUCGACCUCGACCUUCAGCAUGUGAUUCACUAUCGCCGUCCUGCUCCCCGCCGCCCGACGCCGGCGCACCUUCCGGUCGCGAACCCGAACCAGAUCACGAGGUCAAAGCAAGUCGUCCGUCACGCAAGAGGAGUGCCCGGGCACAAGGACACAAGACCAGAGCUGAGGCGGCGACGGAUCGUGACCUCGACACAGAUGAAGAUGCAGACCAAACAGCGGAGGCAGAUGGGGAGGACGGAGACGUGGGUGACGUUGGGGAGGCUGACCUGGACUCCCCAGCGUUGGAGAUGGAACUGGGGUCCGAUCUGCAGCCUGCCCACCAUGCAGAGGCCCUGGACGUCCUUGCGACUCGGACUCACAGCAAGUUCGCGCUUCUUAGGGAACGCUUCUACGUAGAGAAGACGGAGGCACUUGCAUGGGAAGAGGCCUUGGUGGCGGAAGGCACACGUCCCGAGAUGCGACGUCUGAAAGAACUGCUGAAACGACGCGAUAAGCGGCUCGAGCUGGCCUCUAGGCGACGCGACUUUGAGGCCCUCAAUUUACGCAUCGGGAAGGCCAUCUCCACCUACCUUGAAGGAUUCACGCCUCACCGCAACCUUGCGCGUAUCCUGAACACCCGAGGGAAGACUGUCCACGUACAUGUGUCCGGCCAAGACGUCGAGCGCGGUACCUUCUUGCAGCGCCACGUCGUCAUUCACGACCAGGAGAACGAGCAGCAGCACAGUUUGUCAAUCUGCAACUCGUCGCUCUCCGAGUUGGGCUACUUGCUCGUCUCUCCCGACGCGCUGACCAUCUGGGAGGCGCAGUUCGGCGACUUCGCGAACAACGCGCAGUGCAUCAUCGACCAGUUCAUCGCAUCCGGCGAGUGUUCUCUCAAGUGCUACAAAGGCAUCGAUAUCUUCCAGUUCCCUUCCCUCUCCUCCCCUCCAAGAGUUGCCAUGGCCAACACCGCUUACGUCGAUCUGCAUGUCUUGCAUAACGGUCAUUGUCUGACUGUGAACUGCGUCGCGUUCUCUUCUGACAGCCAAUAUCUGGCGAGUGGCAGCGACGACAGGUGCCUUCUCAUAUGGAAUGUCAAAGACGGAGCUCUCCUCUACCGCCUACACUUCAAAAGUGCAGUCGAUAGUGUGAUAUGGCACCCGGUACAUCCAGAGACUGUCGUUGUAGGUUGCGAGGACGGGAGCAUUCACCAGAUGCGUGGUUUCUCAAUCGAUGGUCACGAAAAGUUUGACGUGAGGCUUGGUGUUAAGGGCCCAGUGCACUUUCUACAAUACAAUGCCGACGUUAGCUGCCUCGCGGCGGCUGUCGGCCCAGAGGUACAUGUUACUAAGGAGCAGGACAAAGAUACGUAUACCGGAGGCUUGAAAUUAGCUUCACCACCACCGUUAGCCGCUGCCGCUUCUACGAGUCGCGACGACGUCGAACAGCGUGAUACGCGCCUGCGGGUCACAGGGAUCCACUUUAGCAGGAAGGGUCGUGUCAUCAUAGCGUCGUACGUCGCACAUGGCAUCAUAGCGUACGACCUGGUCAAGCGCGAGCAACUCUGGCACAUCGCUCCGACCGAAGAUGCACCGAUGAUUGCUUCGUCUGCGCUGUCUCCGGAUUGCAAACAACUUAUGGCCUACCAUCUCCAGAAGGGCUUGCGCUGCUAUGCCGUCGCCACAUAUUUCGCCAAGCCAGCCGGUGCAAGUACGAGUUCGAUGAGCCGCAAACAAGUCGUCUCUCGUUGCAGAUGUCGUUUCUUCACGGGGGCAAAGCUGUUGUUUGUGGAACUACUACAGGCAAGGUCUGUAUAUGGGACAUUGAGACGGGAGCUUUACCAGAAACUGCCGCAUGAUACUGAUACUGUUCAGGCCGUUGCCGCGCAUCAAACAGGUGCCUUCAGUUAUAUCGCAACGGGAUCCUCCGGAACGGGACAGCAUACAUAUAUCAAGAUAUGGCGCGCAAGGAACAAUGAGCGUAACGAAGGCACGCCUCCCGAUGGCCCAAUGGCUGAAGCGUUCGACGUCUUGACGUCAGCGUAA